AUGGAAACCGCAACUAUGAAAUUCAACAGAAAAUCAUCAUUUUCCAUCGCACACAUUUUAGACGAUAAAACACACAGUUCUAAGAAUCCCACACCUCCGAUGGCGCACAGUAAUGCCAUUGGCGCUGAACAUUUGACACAGCACACAAAAAUUAGCAGCUCAGCAUCCGUCAUAACAGCGAGCCCAAAUGCGGUUGCUGCUGCAAUGCAACCACGUAUCGGUGAACCAGUGCCUCCAACAAUUGUCAAUCCCAUCGCGUCCACGACUUAUUCCACGACGCUUCCGCCCAAUGCGCAAUACGCAUUCAAGCACCUGCUGCUCAAGAGUGAUCACGCCGCAGCUGGCGGUAGUCCGCUGAUGGUGUCGCCUGGUGCACUACGCUUUGAUCCCGUUUACGAUCCCGCUUCUCUCGUCUAUCAACAAGUCUUGAAUAUGCAGAAGAGCUCCGCAUUAUUUAUGCCACACUUUCAGGCGGCGGCAACUGCGGCUGCGCUAACGCCGUCGGGUUAUUGCGAGCAGUAUAACCCAUUCAUGGAAUGUGAAGGUAAUGGUAAUAGCAGUCGCAGUGGCGAUGGUAAUGUAGCGGUAAUGUUAAUGGUAUUGGUAUUGGUAAUGCUGAGGUCAUUGGUAAUGGUAAUGAUGGUCGUAAAACGUGGCAAUGGUAGCGAUAAUAAUAAUGAUAACGAUGAUGGUAGCGGAAAUGACACUCGUAGUGGUCAUUACCAUGGCCCCUAA